AUGUAUCGAGUGCAAACAGAUACUGAAAUGAUUGUCUACGUCUUUGGAGUUGAUUCUCUUAAAUCAAAGAAUGGCUUUCAUGACGUGAUUUCAGAAUUAACUGGAAUAUUUAUUUAUAAAUACUUCAUAACAGUUCCAAAUUCAAGCGAAAAAGUUGCGAUUACAAAAUUUCUCAUUAUGUCGUUCUAUUCAACAGACUUUUUACAACUUCGUCACAUCUAUAAUCAUUGCAAAAUAGAUUCAAAGUUCUGA